UGAAAGAAGGAUGAUAUAAUAAUAUGGGGUUGGAGUUGAAUCUAUUUAAAUCCAGAGAAAGAAGGAGAAGAAGUUUAGAAGGGGGUGGUGUUAAUUAGUGUGUUGGUAAGUAAAAGCAUGUGAAUCCCCAAUAAUUCGAGAUGCAGCAGUGGGACCUUUAGCCAGCCCUUCCUCUUUUGUUCUCUUCCUCUUCCUCUUCCUCUUCAUCUCUUUUUUCUUUUCAUCACUCUCAGCUCAGCAAUGUUGUUAAUGAAAGGAAUGGCUCUUCUCCCUUUUAUGCUUUCACUACUUGUUCUCCUACUCCACUAUCACAAUGAGGUUCACUGUUAUGGAGACAAGCAGCUUCUCCACCUUCCAUGGGACACUGUUGAUUCUACUUGUUUGUCUCAUAAAUCAAGACAGGAGAAAGGUGCAACCAUAUUGGAAAUGAAGCACCAGGACUAUUGUUACGGAGGAGGGGUCAAAGACUGGAACAAGUUGCUUCAAAAACGCUUGAUUUUGGAUGAUCUAAGAGUUCAGUCAUUGCAAGCCCGGAUCAAAAACAUGGCCUCUACCCAAACACGUGAUGUUUCCGAUGAUAGACUUCCCUUAACUUCUGGAGUCGAACUCGGGACGCUAAACUACAUUGUUACAGUCGAAAUAGCUGGUCGGAAAAUGACGGUGAUUGUUGAUACCGGAAGUGAUUUGACUUGGGUUCAAUGCCAGCCUUGCAAAUCAUGUUAUAGCCAAAAAGAACCUCUUUUCAACCCUACUGCAUCUCCUUCCUACCGAACAGUCCCAUGCAAUUCAUCUGAGUGUCAAUCACUUGCAUUUGCUACUGGAAACACCGGAAUCUGUGGGGAAAACCCGCCCACCUGUAACUAUGUUGUUAGCUAUGGCGACGGAUCCUACACUCGUGGUGAAUUAGCUCAUGAUCAACUCAAUCUAGGGAAGACUCCAGUGGACAAUUUCAUAUUUGGGUGCGGCCGGAACAAUAAUGGUCUGUUCGGUGGAACUUCAGGUCUGUUGGGUCUAGGGAGGAGUUCAAUCUCUCUGGUUUCUCAAACUAAAGCAAUAUUUGGUGGGUUUUUCUCCUAUUGUUUGCCAUCAACACAAUCUGGAGCAUCAGGUUCAUUAGUUUUGGGAGGCAAUUCAUCAGUUUACAAUACUUCUAGCCCCAUUUCUUAUACCAGAAUUAUCCCAAAUCCAAAGCUAUCAACUUUUUAUUUCCUCAACCUUACUGGUAUCAGUGUUGGUGGGGUGACACUGCAAGAUUCAAGCUUUGGUAAAAGCUCGAUGCUUAUUGAUUCCGGGACGGUUAUCACAAGGCUUCCUCCAACAAUGUACAAGGCCUUGAAGGCAGAGUUUCAGAAACAAUUCUCCGGUUUUCCUACUGCACCGGCUUUCUCGAUCUUGGAUACUUGCUUUAACCUUAGUGCAUACCAAGAAGUGGAUGUUCCUACAAUAAAAUUGCAGUUUGAGGGUAAUGCUGAGAUGAAGGUGGAUAUCAACGGGGUCUUUUACUUUGUAAAGACAGAUGCAUCUCAGGUUUGUUUGGCUCUUGCAAGCCUCUCAUUCGAAGACGAAAUAGGUAUCAUUGCAAAUUAUCAGCAAAGAAACCAAAGGGUUAUAUAUGAUACAAAGGGGUCUAAGUUGGGAUUUGCGCAGGAAAGUUGCAGUUUUACUUGAGCAGAAAAAAACAGCAAUGGUUGGCUGCUUUGGAGAUACAUAUAUAUAUACAUAUAACCACCAUCUUUUCUAAGCCAAGUGAUGUGUUGGCAAUUAACAAUACCUAUACCCUACCAUCUUUCUUAAUUCAUAUUAUAUACAUAUUACUCCACAGGGAGAAUUGAAGGUACAGAUUACGUUAGCCACUCAAGAUUUCCUGAGUGAUUAGUAAAUGUUAAAAAUGGGGGUUGGGGGGGUUGGCAGCUAUUGCCAGAAAUAACACUACUUCCACAGCAGAGGCAAGAGUUUAAUUUUCAUGUUAAAUGAAUAUCCUUGUACUAUUUAUUUCAAUGUAUGAAGAAAGAUUUUCAGUGUGUAAA